AUGGCUCAUCAUCCAUCCUCAGAGAGUGCUGCUGUGGCUCCUGCUCCAUCCUUGGCAAGUGCCACUGUGGCUCCUCCUCUAUCCUCAGAGAGUGCUGCUGUGGCUCCUACUCCAUCCUUGGCAAGUGCCACUGUGGCUCCUCCUCUAUCCUCAGAGAGUGCUGCUGUGGCUCCUGCUCCAUCCUUGGCAAGUGCUGCUGUGGCUCCUGCUCCAUCCUUGGCAAGUGCUACUGUGACUCCUGCUCCAUCCUUGGCAAGUGCUACUGUGACUCCUGCUCCAUCCUUGGCAAGUGCUGCUGUGGCUCCUGCUCCAUCCUUGGCAAGUGCUGCUGUGGCUCCUGCUCCAUCCUUGGCAUGUGCCGCUGUGGCUCCUAUUCCACUCAUGGCAAGUGGUGCCAUGGUUCCUGAUCCAACCUCGACAAAUGCUCCUGCCCCAUACUCUGUAAGUGACACAGAGGCUCCUUUUCAAUACUUGCCGAGUGACUAUGUGGCUCCAGUUCAGUACAUGCUGAGUGACGCCACAGCUCCCGUUCAGUACAUGCCAAAUGAUGCCACUGUUCCUGUUCAGUACAUGCCGAGUGACGCCGCGGCUCCUGUUCAGUACAUGCCGAGUAAUGCCGCAGCUCCUGUUCAGUACAUGCCGAGUAAUGCCGCAGCUCCUGUUCAGUACAUGCCGAGUAAUGCCGCAGCUCCUGUUCAGUACAUGCAGAGUAAUGCCGCAGCUCCUGUUCAGUACAUGCCGAGUAAUGCCGCAGCUCCUGUUCAGUACAUGCCGAGUAAUGCCGCAGCUCCUGUUCAGUACAUGCCGAGUAAUGCCGCAGCUCCUGUUCAGUACAUGCCGAGUAAUGCCCCAGCUCCUGUUCAGUACAUGCCGAGUAAUGCCCCAGCUCCUGUUCAGUACAUGCCGAGUGAUGCCGCAGCUCCUGUUCAGUACAUGCCGAGUGAUGCCGCAGCUCCUGUUCAGUACAUGCCGAGUGAUGCCGCAGCACCUGUUCAGUACAUGUCGAGUGAUGCCGCAGCUCCUGUUCAGUACAUGUCGAGUGAUGCCGCAGCUCCUGUUCAGUACAUGUCGAGUGAUGCCGCAGCUCCUGUUCAGUACAUGUCGAGUGAUGCCGCAGCUCCUGUUCAGUACAUGCCGAGUGAUGGCGCAGCUCCUGUUCAGUACAUGCCGAGUGAUGGCGCAGCUCCUGUUCAGUACAUGCCGAGUGAUGGCGCAGCUCCUGUUCAGUACAUGCCGAGUAAUGGCGCAGCUCCUGUUCAGUACAUGCCGAGUAAUGGCGCAGCUCCUGUUCAGUACAUGCCGAGUAAUGGCGCAGCUCCUGUUCAGUACAUGCCGAGUAAUGGCGCAGCUCCUGUUCAGUACAUGCCGAGUAAUGGCGCAGCUCCUGUUCAGUACAUGCCGAGUAAUGGCGCAGCUCCUGUUCAGUACAUGCCGAGUAAUGGCGCAGCUCCUGUUCAGUACAUGCCGAGUAAUGGCGCAGCUCCUGUUCAGUACAUGCCGAGUAAUGGCGCAGCUCCUGUUCAGUACUUGCCGAGUAAUGGCGCAGCUCCUGUUCAGUACAUGCCGAGUAAUGGCGCAGCUCCUGUUCAGUACAUGCCGAUACAUGCCGAGUAA